UUUGUGUUGAGCUGUACCUUUCCCCAGCGGCCGGCCUGUGGGGAUGUGUCUGUGAGCAGCCUCCACUCUGGGGGAGAGGCCUUCUUCUACUGUGUGACUGGGUACCAGCUGCAAGGAACCAACACACUGACCUGCCUCAACGCCAGCACCCCCUACUGGAGCGACACAGAGCCACAGUGCCUCGGUGAGGGCUGGGGGCAGCUAGCUACACACCUCUCACACCCAAAUACCACAAUGGGACCAAUACACCUUGCUAUGCACACAGACUUUCUCCACAGUUAUUUAACAUAUUAAUAGACACAAACACUCUUCCCUUCUCAAACCUUGUCACAGUCUUUCAAAAACGAAUUCACAUUCCCUGUGAUUUGUCCUGUAACUAUUCCUACCAGAGCAUCAACACAGUUCUUCCCUCUUCAACAAGUGAGGUGUAUAACUACAUGAAUAUGUUGUCCUCACUGGAGCAAUUAGACUCCACUAGAAUGAUCCCACACGCACUCAGCUUAGUGUUGCUCAAAAGUUAAGUGGGGUUUAAUCAUUGAUUUGGGUCUUAAUGGUGUGAGUUGCAGUAUCUGUUGCUUUGGGGUGGUGAAUGUUAAACAGCCAGCCCUAUUCAGUCAGGCCUCUCCUAGGAAGUAAAGAAAUACUUGCAGAACCAAGGACUGCAUCAUAUUUCUCUUCCAAGAAGUUCACCUCGAGUCUGCUUGUAUUCGUCUUGCAUAACAAGCACAGAUUCAGACAGGGUUCAAUCCCCAGUGGAGGACAGUUUAGAAGCAGACAGUUUAGAAGCAGACAGUUUAGAUGCAGGAUCUCAUUUUGCUGCUCUGAUGAGCACCAGUGAUGAAUAGUGAGUGAAUGUUUUAGCCCUGGUCAGAUAAACAUGGGUUUGGAACAGUGGGUCUCUCCAUUGUUUUAACAGUGAAUGGAGAGCAGGGAUGCUCCCUCCUAGCGUUGGACAUCGUAAAGGCAUAGUUUAGAAAAUGUGUGGAGAGAGUAUAAGGAUUCUCUCUCCUACCAUUUAUACAGUGUGUAUGUGUGCGCGUGUGCCUGCGCCCAAGACAGUGGUCCCAGAGCCCACAGCACGGUGUCUGCCAGGGUGUGAUUACAGAUGACAGGGCAGAGUGCCACAGGGAAGGUUAGGGCUGAGGCUGCUGCACUGCUUUAAUUAAGCCUUGUGUCUGUCUACCUAGCUUAACUUCACAUUCGUCUGUUGUGAUAUACUGAUACCAAUACAAGACCCACUCUCUUUUAUUUAUUUACACAAACUCAGAGCUUGCUCUUGCUCUUACUCAUCACCUCCACUCAUUGUGUUUUCCUGGUUUAUCUCUAGUCAUGGUUUCCCAAGGUACAGUAUUCUCUGUCGUUACACAUUCUGUUUGACUGAUAUUUAAGCAAAAGUUUUUCCCAGACUAAAAUACGUCUCUCUCUCCCUCUUCCUCCCAUCCCAUCCUUCUUCUCUCCUCCUCCCAUCUUCCUUGUCUUCUCUCCUCCCAUCUAUCUCAUCUUCUUUCUCUUCUCCCCUCCCAUCUAUCUCAUCUUCCUUCCCUCCUCCCAUUCCUACUGCAUUCUCCAUGGGCAUCCCAGCUGCCUGUGGUGGCAUUGUCCGGAAUGCCACGGUCGGACGCAUUGUGUCCCCCUUUUUCCCUAGCAACUACAGCAACAACCUGACAUGUCAUUGGCUGCUGGAGGCCCCAGAGGGACAGCGCGUGCACGUCCACUUUGAGAAGGUGGCCCUGGCAGAGGAUGAUGACAGGUGUGGUGUCAGUCAUUGGGUUCAAUUCACUACAGUGUUCAGUCAGACCUGGGUACAAAUAGUAUUAUUUUUCUUCCAAGUAUUUUCAGUUUUGAUUAAGCGUAUCUUGGGUGAGUGGAGCUGAAGGAUGGGACUAAAAACAAACAAAAUCUAAUUAUUGUAAAAUAUACUGUGUCCGUAAAAUGUAUAUAAGCUGGAAGUAGAAGCCUAAGUGUUGUUGUCCAUUAGUUUACUCCAAUUAGGGGAGGAUUGGUAGGGUUAGGGGAAAAUAAUAAAGGAAAAUAUAUUUGAAAAUAUAUACAAUACCAGUCUAAAGUUUGGACACACAUACUCAUUCCAGGGUUUUUCUUAAUUUUUUACUAUUUUCUACAUUGUAGAAUAAUAGUGAAGACAUAAAACUAUGAAAUAACACAUAUGGAAUCAUGUAGUAACCAAAAAAGUGUUAAACAAAUCCAAAUAUAUUUUGUAUUUGAGAUUCUUCAAAGUAGCCACCCUUUGCCUUGAUGACAGCUUUGCACACUCUUGGCAUUCUCUCAACCAGCUUCAUGAGGUAGUCACAUGGAAUGCAUUUAAAUUAACAGGUGUGCCUUGUUAAAAGUUAAUUUGUGGAAUAAAUGUGUGAAAUUUCCUUUUUAAUGCAUUUGUGUUGUGACAAGGUAGGGGUGGUAUACAGAAGAUAGCCCUAUUUGGUAAAAGACCAAGUUCAUGUUAUGGCAAGAACAGCUCAAAUAAGCAAAGAGAAAUGACAGUCCAUCAUUACUUUAAGACAUGAAGGUCAUCAAUCCGGAACAUUUCAAGAACUUUGAAAGUUUCUUCAAGUGCAGUCGCAAAAAACAUCAAGCGCUAUGAUGAAACUGGCUCUCAUGAGGACUGCCACAGGAAAGGAAGACCCAGAGUUACCUCUGCUGCAGAGGAUAAGUUCAUUAGCGUUAACUGCACCUCAGAUUGCAGGCCAAGUAAAUGCUUCACAGAGUUCAAGUCACAGACACAUCUCAACAUCAACUUUUCAGAGAAGACUGCAUGAAAUCAGACCUUCAUGGUCGAAUUGCUGCAAAGAAACCACUACUAAAGGACACCAAUAAUAAGAAGAGACUUGCUUGGUUCAAGAAACCCGAGCAAUGGACGUUAGACUGGUGGAAAUCUGUCCUUUGGUCUGAUGAGUCCAAAUUUGAGAUUUUUGGUUCCAGCAACCAUGUCUUUAUGAGACGCAGGGUAGGUGAACGGAUAAUCUCUGCAUGUGUGGUUCCCACCGUGAAGCAUGGAGGAGGAGGUGUGAUGGUGUGGAGGUGCUUUGCUGAUGACACUGUCAGGGAUUUAUUUAGAAUUCAAGGCACACUUAACCAGCAUGGCUAGCACAGCAUUCUGCAGCGAUACGCCAUCCCAUCUGGUUUGGGCUUAGAGGGACUAUCAUUUGUUUUUCAACAGGACAAUGACCCAACACACCUCCAGGCUGUGUAAGGGCUAUUUUACCAAAAAGGAGAGUGAUGGAGUGCUGCAUCAGAUGACCUGGCCUCCACAAUCACCCGACCUCAACCCAAUUGAGAUGGUUUGGGAUGAGUUGGACCGCAGAGUGAAGGAAAAGCAGCCAACAAGUGCUCAGCAUAUGUGGGAACUCCUUCAAGACUGUUGGAAAAGCAUUCUAGGUGAAGCUGGUUGAGAGAAUGCCAAGAGUGUGCAAAGCUGUCAUCAAGUCAAAGGGUGGCUACAUUGAAGAAUCCCAACUAUAAAAUAUAUUUUGAUUUGUUGUACACUUUUUUUGGUUACUACAUGAUUCCAUAUGUGUUAUUUAAUAGUUUGAUGUCUUCACUAUUAUUCUACAAUGUAGAAAAUAGUAAAAAUUAAGAAAACCCCUGGAAUGAGUAGGUGUCCAAUCCUUUGACUGGUACUGUAUAUAUUUACAAAAAAAUAUGGGGGAUUGGAAAUGAUGCAGACAAUUACAUUGGUGGAAGCCACAGUAUAUCUGCAGUGUUAAAGCUGAUCUACGCCCUUAAAAAAUAAUAACAAUACAAGUAUUGGGUGCCAGAUGGCUGGGGUUUGCACUUAGAGGGCUAUUCCAUUGGUUCUAUUGCACAAGGCCAACUCAAUUUUUACAUUUUAGUCAUUUAGCAGACACUCUUAUCCAGAGCGACUUACAGUUAGUGAGUGCAUACAUUUUUUCAUACUGGCCCCCCGUGGGAAUCAAACCCACAACCCUGGCAUUGCAAACACCAUGCUCUACCAACUGAGCUACACGGGGCCAGUAUGUGCAUAGCUUUAAAAUAAAGAAAAUACUAUCUGAACCCAGGUCUGCUACAGUGUUCUGACCUUAGUGCUCUUCUCCAGUACACUAUCCAGGUCUAAGUGUUCACUUGAGUACAAUAAUCAUUCAACAAGCUGCCAACAGCCCAUCAGAGUCCUACUGCUGGCUCUGUGACAGUUGGACCUGAUUCUCACCGCAGGCUCAUGGUUCUGUUGUCAUAUUACCAGUCCAUUCUUCUGCUACACUUCAGGGCAUCGUCUCAUCAUCUGAGAUAUAAAUUCAGUGGAACAUCUGUGUCUGUGUGUCAGAAUGGAAAUCCAAUGUUGAGAAAAUGGUGAGAGGAAGGGAGAAAGAGACAGAGAAAUACUGAAAUACUGAAAUAAUUGGAAACAUUUCACUUGAAUCACCUUCUUACUUUCUUUUUUGACUGUCAUUAUGAAACUAUACUGAACAAAAACAUAAAUGGAAUACGUAAAGUGUUUGUCCCAUGUUUCAUGAGCUGAAAUAAAAGAUCCCAGAAAUAUUCCAUAUGCACAAAAAGCUUAUUUCACUCAGAUUUUAUGCACAAAUGUGUUUGCUUCCCUGUUAUUGAGCAUUUCUCCUUUGCCAAGAUAAUUCAUCCACCUGACAGGUGUGGCAUAUCAAGAAGCUGAUUAAAAAGCAUGAUCAUUACACAGGUGCGACUUGUGCUGGGGACAAUAAAAGGCCACUCCAAAUUGUGCAGUUUUGUCACACAACACAAUGCCACAGAUGUCUCAAGUUUUGAGGGAGCGUGCAAUUGGCAUGCUGACUGCAGAAAUGUCCAUCAGAGCUGUUGCCAGAGAAUGUAAUUAUCAUUUCUAUACCAUAAGCUGCCUCCAACGUCGUUUUAGAGAAUUUGGCAGUACGUCCAACCGGCUGCAGACCACAUGUAUGGCGUUGUGUGGGUGAGCGGUUUGCUGAUGUCAACAUUGUGAACAGAGUGCCCCAUGGUGGCGGUGGGGUUUUGGUAUGGGCAGGCAUAAGCUACAGACAAUGACCACAAUUGCAUUUCAUCGAUGGCAAUUUCAAUGCACAGAGACACCGUGACGAGAUCCUGAGGCCCAUUGUCGUGCCACCUCAUGUUUCAGCAUGAUAAUGCACGGCCCCAUGUCACAAGGAUCUGGACACAAUUCCUGGAAGCUGAAAAUGUCCCAGUUCUUCCAAGGCCUGCAUACUCACCAGACAUGUCAGCCAUUGAGAUAGUUUGGGAUGCUCUGCGUCAACGUGUACGACAGCGUGUUCCAGUUCCCGCCAAUAUCCAGCAACUUCACACAGCAGGAGUGGGACAACAUUCCACAGGCCACAAUCAACAGCCUGAUCAACUCUAUGCGAAGGAGAAGUGUCGCGCUGCAUGAGGCAAAUGGUGGUCACAUCAGAUACUGACUGGUUUUCUGAUCCAUGCCCCUACCUUUUUUUUAAGGUAUCUGUGACCAACAGAUGCAUAUCUGUAUUCCCAGUCAUGGUAAAUCCAUAAAUUAGGGCCUAAUUAAUUCAUUUCAAUUGACUUAUUUCCUUAUAUGAACUGUAACUCAGUAAAAUCUUUGAAAUUGUUGCAUGUUGCGUUUUAUAUUUUUGUUCAGUAUAUAUUCAUUUUCCUUUUUGGAGUCAUAAUGCUCUAUGACUGCAUCUAUAAGCUGUUGUGAAUGUUUGUAAGGCAAUAUAACACUUCACAAGAAGGUGCUUCAAGUGAAUUAAUUGAAUUGACUGACAUGCUUAUUUGAGUUGAGAUGUUGUUUUUAUGAGCGGUAGCCUCUGUGUCUGGAGACAGUAACAAAUGGACUUUUAAUGAGGUCAGUAGGCUAGCUGCUCAGCUGUACUGAAUAUAUCAUUGGCCUUUUAUGCAGAACAGUCCAGCCCAAUGCUUUACUACUGAAUCACAUUCCUUCCUGUUGCUUCAUCUCAUUAGGGGCUUCAGUCCAGGUGGCUGAGGUAACUCUGAUAACGUGCCCACCAUGCAUAUUACGAGGCCUUAGAAAUCCAACCAGGUACUGAUGUGUUUUAAUUUCUCUCUUUCAGGCUUCUGAUCAAAAAUGGGAACAACAUUGACUCUCCUCUGCUGUAUGACUCAUAUGAGGUGGAGUACCUGCCCAACGAGGGCCUGGUGAGCACCUCCAGACCCCUCUUCAUAGAGCUCACCACUGACGGAGCAGGCACCUCCACCGGCAUCGCUAUCAGAUACCAAGGUAGACACAUCCCCAUGGGAGCUAACGCAAGUCUUCAGGUCUCGGUUUCACCUGACCCCCCCUUGACCUUCUCCAUCUCACAGAGACCCAUCCAGGUCAUGGCACCAAUGUUACUGACUGGGGUAGAAGGCAGGUUCCCUGUGUGCCACAAGACUAGGCAUGGGUAGCUAACACACGUCUCUGGAAAGGGUACUUGGCUAUGAAAAGCCAACUGACAUUUACUCCUGAGGUACUGACCUGUUGCACCCUCUACAACCACUGAUUAUUAUUUGACCCUGCUAGUCAUCUAUGAACAUUUGAACAUAUUGAAGAACAAUCUGGCCUUAAUGGGCUUGUACUCUUAUAAUCUCCACCCGCCACAGCCAGAAGAGGACUGGCCACCCCUCAGAGCCUGGUUCCUCUCUAGGUUUCUUCCUAGGUGUCUGCCUUUCUAGGGAGUUUUUCCUAGCCACCGUGCUUCUACAUCUGCAUUGCUUGCUGUUUGGUGUUUUAGGCUGGGUUUCUGUAUAGCACUUUGUGACAUCUGCUGAUGUAAAAAGGGCUUUAUAAAUCAAUUUGAUUGAUUUGAUUGAUACUCAAGGAUACUCAAACUUCCCUCACACACUCAGUCCAGCAGUGUAAAAUUAGUGGAGAUAAAAACAGUUGUUGAAGAAAUGCAUCAUGCAGACACUUCCAGGUACUGGUGUAGACAAAAGACACUGCCUCAGGCCCUCUCCUCUCCUUUCCCUCCUCUAAAUAAUUGGAAUGGAAAUAAGUCAAACAUAACAUAACAAUUGAAGUCCUCUGCUCUGACUAGUUUAGCUACAAACUCUCAAAUGUUUUAUCUUUCUCCACGCUCAUCCCCAGUCAUCCUCUCUACGUAUGUGGCAACUCAUACGUGGCUUUUCAAAGGGAUGUUCAGAGCUUGGAGUCAGAGCCACAUCACAGGUCCUGGAGUCAUUAUCCAAUCAGAUAAAUGUAAUCUGUAUAGGGCUUCAAUUUACUGUAGCAAAUGGGAUUACGCUGUGAGAGAGCAGUGCUGCUUAUUCUAAUAGACCGUGUGUGGGUUGUCUUUAACAGCGUUACCCUGUUCAAUCUGACACCGGGUGUAACUGCUUUAAUACUGCUCCUCUUGCCCUGAUUUGAACCAUUACAUGUGCUGUCAGUCAGUGGGUGGAAGCAGCAGAGCACCAAUAAAAUGUACCUCCAUCCCUGAUAGGCAGCAAGCUAACGGGUGGCUCGCUGUCGGCAAAGUCAAUGGCCCACUGCCUAUGACACACAUGGGGCUCAGUGACACAGUCUGGCCUUUUUGCUGUGGUUGAUCCACAUAUCCUCUCUUUCACAGCGUUUGCAGUGGGCCACUGCUACGAGCCAUUCGUCAAGUACGGUAACUUCACCAGUAAUGACAGCACGUGGGCAGUGGGGACGGUGGUAGAGUUCACCUGUGACCCUGGCUACACCCUGGAGCAGGGCUCUGUCAUCAUCGAGUGCAUGGACCACAACAACCCCCAGUGGAACGAGACUGAGCCCGCCUGCAGGGGUAUGCUGUGUGUUUUUGUUCUGUGUAGGAAAUGAGCCGUAUGAUAUUGUUGCACAGAGUAUUUUUGCUUACUGUAUGUGUGUGCGUUUUUGUGUGUGUGUGUGUGUUACAGCUGUUUGCAGUGGAGAGAUCACUGACUCUGCUGGAGUGGUCUUGUCUCCUAACUGGCCAGAGGCCUACGAUAGCGGCCAGGACUGCAUCUGGGGGAUUCACGUGGAGGAAGACAGGAGGAUCAUGCUAGACAUCAAAGUGUACGUAUCUUAACUAUCUCUUACGUUCUACACUACAGAUUCUCCUGAACAUCAGAUAUAACAUUUUAUACAGGAGCAGAAAAAGGAUGUUAGCUAUGGGAACCCUUUAAAACAACGUGCUGGCAGCACAUCCCCUUCCCAUAGCAGUUCAAGUGGAGGACGCCCCACCACAGAGUAGCUCUAACCUUUGUAAGAAUCUUGACCCUCACACGAGCUCUGCAGCACAUCUCUGCACUCAGAUCAUUAGGAGAAGCUUUACUGCUGAUGUACAAACACAGCCCCGACUUCAAACAGAAACUGCCAGUGCAAAGAACUACCCCACUGUGACUGGUUAAACAAAUCAAAAGAGAAAAGGGCUGAAGAUAAAAUAAUAUGUUUGCUCUUGGAUGGGACACAUAAGUAGCAGCACACAAAGGUUAAUUACCAACUGGAGAGGAAACUAAUUAUUUCACUGGGGUUCGGACAGAGGUGGUGUGUGUGUGUGUUCUGCAAGAUCAGAUAGGUUGAGUUGAGCAGAGCAGGGGAGAGGAGCAAGAGUUUUCCGUGAUAGUGAUGUCAGGUGAAGGCUGGAAACAGAAGACCCUGCUGUGUCAGACCCUGAUAGAUUAACCAUGCGUACAAUCAUUUGGCUUCCUUAAUUAAGAACUGGCUCAUUUGCAUAUGUUGUCGCUCUUGCUCUUUUCUCCUCUCUCUCUUCGGAACGCCUCAACUGUGGUUGUACAUUCUGAAGCAUUGUAGUAAAUGGCAUCCUCCAUGUUCGGUACAAGAAGCUGUCAACAUAAUUAAUUUCCUAUUCAUUUAGAGGGGACGUGAUUUGGGCAGAUAUGACUUUCAGGGACAACGGUGAAGAGCGUUCAGCUCAACCUCGGAGCGUUGAUGAGAAUUCAGCCUUUGUGUGCAUGUGGGUGAGACAGAGAGAGAGCUAUCUAAGGAUAAUCUACAGGAUUUCCUCCCCAUUUCCUCCAGUUUUGAUGUGAAAAUCAAUAUCAGCAUACGCUGAAAGGUGAACAAGGGGAAAUAUGAGAACCUAACAUCUGCAAUCUCAGUUUAAAGGCAUCACUCAAACUACUGUUAUCCUUCACUACAUACUCAAGGAAAGCAUUCAGUCUCUGAUCAUAGUGAUGAAACCAGGGCUGCACAAGGAGGGAUUAUGCUUGGAGUCCAGUCACCUGAUAAUCUGAACACACAGACUCUCGUGCCAUGAACCGCAUGUACCAUGCCUGAUGCCUCCCUCUUGGCCCACUAGUCACGCCAGCAUUCUGAAACACCAUUGCACGGUAUGCUUUCCUAAAGCUCAUUACCAGGGUUUAGGAACACUUUACCACUCUCAUUCCUCUAUAAUCAUUCAUCACCGCCCAGCAUCCUGUUCACCGCUCCCACAAUCACACAGGACCAGGGUCCCUAAUGAUGGCUGGUACACUCAUUCAGGGGCCCUACUAAUGAUGACUGGUUCAUCCCGACCAACCAGGAGUACUAGCUAGGCGCUCGUUAAGGGCUCAGGUGCAGGAGGAGGGGCUGUGAACGACAUGCAGGUGUGGAGGAUGGUACACCUGGGGUGUAGUUCAGCAGCCUAAGUUCAGAUGCUCCAAAUGUUGAUGGAGUGCUCCAACGCCUAAAUAGUGUUUAGGAGUGUAUGGGAAUAAGCUGUGCCUCUGCCUUGAUUAACUUUGAAUAUCAGAAAUACACAUUCUGAAUAUACACCUGCACACAAACACGCAUGCGUGUGACCUUUGGCAGUUCUAGUUAAUGUAAAUAAUUUGCACACAUGCAUGCAUACAUUCACGUACACAACCAUACCAAUAUACACACACUGUAUAUGUCACCCCAGUAGUCCUAUGACGUUAAUAAGGGAGGAAAUAGUUUGCAAGUCAAAUAGGAUGUGAAAGACAGAGAGUGAUUCUGGUAGUUUCCAUAUUGGCUUCCAUUAUAGUGUGCUUUGCCUUUGGUGAGAAUUUAGUGAGAAGAGUGACAGGAUAUUUUAUGCAUCGAUGCAUCAAAUAUUAGUUAUAGCACUUAUACCUUGAUUAGGUUUGUCUCCCAGGGCUGGAAGUUGGCAAGAGAACUCAUUGGCUUAUUCCAUCACUAGUAUCGCUGAUAACUGUGAGACUCUGAGCCUGCUAGUCUGGAUACUGUAUGUUAGCCUAGCACUGGGAGUUCAGUCGGAGUGAAGGGCAGCGGAUCUGGAUCCCCGACCAGCCAAGAUCUCACAAGCCAGAGAGGAGUGAAUUAGAAAUGGGAUUUUCCAUCAGAAUAUUCAUUCAGGUUAGUCUGUGGGAACUAAGAGGUGCAGGGGUGAGAUAAAAGGAGAAUGUUCUAAUGACCAUUGGGCAGCCAUCAUGACUCCCAAAUGACUGCGUUUUGUCGAAUUGUGAUUUGUAUUGAGGGGUAUUACUUUUACUCAAACUAGUUAGAAACCUUUCAUGGACAUAAAUGUCAAGUUCUCUCAGUGGUCGAGAAGAGAGAAUGCCGGUGCAGAUGAAGAGUUGUCUGAGAUAAUGCAUUGUGAAGGAACAUGGUGGCAGGCAGCUGGGCCUGUGGGCCGAGUCAAUCUGAGCCUCUGUUUAAAUUACACUAAAUCAAAUCACUGCCACACAAUAGAAAGCAUGAUUGAUUUUCGCUGCAGAUACGGCAGCACAGCUAUGCAAUGACUUGUUUAACUUGAUCACAACAAAUUUAAUGCAAGCUGAUACAAUUUCUCAAUCUGUCGCGCUCUGUUGAGGUGAGAUGCAUUUUCAGGCCUCAAUGAAUUACUGCAGGUUUAGCUUUUUCUGGAGCUGCAAUACAGAUGCAUCAGCAGAAAAUAUCCACUGGGCACACACUGGUUGAAUCAACGUUGUUUCCACGUCAUUUCAAUUAAAUGCAACCAAAUUGGAAUAGACGUUGAAUUAACGUCUGAGCCCAGUGGUUAGGCUAAGCUGUGCUGAUAUUUCAUUAGUCUGAUACACCUGAUCUUUGCCAAGACGUGUGUGCAUCAUAUCUUUAAUGUCUUGAAACUGAACUCUGUUUACAGAGAGUAAACAAGUUGACAAGAUUGAGACGUUUUUACACUCUCUCUGAUAUUCAUGUCAUACAACACACUACUGAUACAUGACUGCAUUACAGCACCAACUUUCUUUAUCUCUCUAAUUUUUCUGAAUAUUUUUUCUGUUAAGCUCCAAAGUGAUUAAUAGUUCAAUUGCUUGGCUUGUAAUGAGUUUUAUCAGGAGCCUCUUGUGAUUAAUUAGAGACAGGAAAGAGUAACGUGUCAAUUCCCUAUUCUGGCAGAGAAUAAUUUCCUCCCUACUAAAACAGGAGGUUUCUUUGCGACAAAUUACAGCAUGGUUUUGUCACUUUCUUGUCAGUAGAGUGAUGGUGCUCCAAAGUAAAUGGAAAAGUAAAACAGAACGUCUCAAAGCUAGAACAGUAUUUUAGUGAGGGUGCUUUCAAGUUUUUAAAACAGAUACAGAAAACAAUGACAAAGGAACUAUAGGACAAAUGAGCUAGUAAUGUGAGUGGCCAAUUCAUUGUGCACGGUGAAAUACACUUUCCUUCUGUCUUUGUGCUCCAGCCUCAACAUAGGGAAGAACGACCUGCUGACGUUCUAUGAUGGAGAUGACCUGACUGCUAAAGUGCUGGGCCAGUACGGAGGCUCACGGCCACACUUCAAACUCUACACCUCUAUGGCCGACGUCACCAUCCAGUUCCAGUCUGACCCGGCCACCAACAUCUACGGCUAUGGCAACGGCUUUGUGGUGCACUUCUUUGGUAAGGCCCCAGAGUGAGUUAGGAGAGACUGUGAACAGAUAGUUGAAGAUAGAAGGGCAGUGAAGAGGGGAGAUGAGUAAGGAGGAGGAGAGUUCGAGAGGGUUCAGGAGGAGCAGACACUCUUAAAUAUAAAAACCUUCCAUGGGCAGAGGGGCCCCUUCCAUCAGCACGGUCGGCACGACACCGGAGCGGAGCCAACCCUCUUAAAGCAGACAUUUGAUAAGACGUAAUGAAUUCCAUGCAGAGAGAGUGAGAAAGAGGACACAGCGGAAUACUGAUGACUGGGAGAGAGAAGCGUGAGUGAAAGAGUUGAAGAGAGAGAGGGAGAAAGGGAAGGGAGAGAGAGAGAGAGAGAGAGAGUGAGAGGGGAGGGAGAGAGAGAGACAAACAAAGGGAAGGCAGAGAGAGAGAUGUGGUUUUAUAGUCUGUUCAUGCCUCUAACUGAGAGGGAAAGCAAGGCCCAGCCAAGUGGUGCAGCUGUCUGGUGUUGUGCCCAUCAGAGGCCCAAACACAAUUACUGCAUGUGUUUGUCCACAUUAGCCUCGUCUGCAGGGUGCCCUGCCCUCUCUGGCUUCUACUGUGGCUAGAACGGGGACAGCCAGGCUGCCUGGCAGACAGACUUCCCCAUGCAUGGCACUUGUCACAUUAGAUUGAAAUUCCCACAAAACGGAUGUCCUCUAUUGAGUUUGCCCUGAGGUUCAUUCAUUUGAAUGCAAAAGCACACCACUCAAACUCUGUGCGCUCUGUAAAGUCAGUGGCUUUUUUAUCUCGCUCUCUCCCUCCUUCAUGGAUACAGAGUUGCCUCGUAACGACACGUGUCCGGAGCUCCCAGAGAUCACCAACGGAUGGAAGAGCACCUCCCACCCUGAGCUGGUCCAUGGAACAGUGGUCACCUACCAGUGCUACCCAGACUUCCAGCUGGUGGGCACAGAGCUGCUCAUGUGCCAGUGGGACCUGACCUGGAGCGGAGACCUACCCAGCUGUGAGAGAGGUGACUACCACACACACACGCGCACACAAAAGGUGCAUUGUAGGUGGGAGAGGCAGUUUCAGUUAAGGACAGGCUAAAGCAGAGGCUGAUGGGUAAAAGCAUUCACUGCUUUCCUGACAACACAACCCUUUUUUCUGUAUAGACCGACGUAUCAGUGAGUUGAAUAGGCUCUGUGUUCCAGCUCCUCCACACAUUAUUUCUGUUCUAUCCAGACGACCUGGAUGUGGUGGAAUAGAGACAGGAUAGUGUGACAGAGUGCCCUUGGUCCUAGUCCCGUCCCACACAGUGACAGGCACGGCAUCACUGACCGGUAACAGGACACAGGGGUUUGGAGCCUUAUUUGGACGUCUGUCACGUAAACAUUAUUAUCGCACUGACCCCUAUCCUACUGGGCCAAGGAUUGGGUUUGUUGUUUGCUGCUGUGAGAGACUGAGACACAGAGAUAAUCUCUUUAUUCUCCAGCUCGGUGGGUUUAUAUGUCUGCAGGGUUUAAUUAGAAAAAGGCCUGUGCACCACUCUGGCCCCAUCGGAUAACCACAAAUAAGCAGUGACAAUAAAAUACAAUAAAAUUGUAUUCACUGCACAUGAGUAAAGUUUUUUCUGUGUCUGUGUGUGUGUGUGUGUCUAUGUAUGUGUGUGUCAGUGCUGUUGUGUGCCGACCCAGGUACUGUGGAGCACAGUCGCAGGGUGAUGUCUGGCCCGCGUUUCACUGUAGGCUCCACCAUCCAGUACAACUGCAACAAGGGCUACACCCUCUCUGGAAACAGCCUGCUCUCCUGCUACAACCACGGCUCUUCCGGACCUAAAUGGAGCGAGAGGCUACCCAAAUGUGUCUGUAUGUACCCGCUGGGCUUCAGCCUGAUAACACAUCUCCAUCAUACACGCUUCCCAGCUAGCACAUGGUUCCUUGGACGGUGUGGGGAGAUAAGUUUUUGGUUUCCCAUUGCCUCUGGGAACGAAGCCUGUAAAACUGAACGUUUUUUAAACGUUCUGAGAACAGAAGUGAACAUUUCGCCUGUUCUGGGAACAUACAUUUUUAGGUUGCAGGAAGGUUCUGAGAACGUUUUGCUAUGGUUCCCUGAAAGUAUUCCUGGGAGGUUUUAUUACCUUAGAUAUGCAGUUUCAUAAACUAUUCUUCAUCCUGUAAGCAUUACAUGGCAACGCGGGAAUUUUGAUAGCGCACAGGGCUGCGGCCCAGAAGGUUGUGGGUUCACAGACCACCGUGGACAAGAGUAGGGGUGGAAAUAUCUCCUUUAUAGUAAAAGUAUUACAUGAAUCUAUCAUCGUAUUUGCAGGUCAGAGAAAAAAUUGCCUUUUAUAAACAUUUCAUGCAAUUCUACGUAAUUUUACAUAUUAGCGGAAUCCCAAAUUACCAACAUUACAGGCUAAGAAUGGACAGAGAGAUAGUCGUAUGUGUUCAUCUUAUCAUAUUUCUCCAAUGCCAAAUCAGUGUGUCUUGUUUGCAAUGAAACUGUCCCUGUUUGCAAAUAAUUAAAUCUGAGACAUCCUUAGGAAUCUGAGCAUGGUAGGCUACUUUCAAAAGUUAGGCCCACCUUUCCACCCCAGACAGAGUAGGCCUACCGAUGCAGAAAAAUGUAAGCUUUAACUGCUGGCUACUUUUCUUCCAACCCAACGAGAGAAGGUCACAAGUGUUUCCUUAAAAGCUGUCUGGGUUUAAACUUAUUUUAUUGUACAGAAAGUGAAUAGCUUAAUCAAUUGAUAGUGACAGAAUUAGAUUACUUCCCAAGCAAAGUCAGCCUCUAAAUGUCGAAGAAAUGAAACAAUGAUAUCCCCAUGUGCAUCGGAGUGACGUCUUUCCCUGGUAUUUUAUAGCUUGUUUCUAGCAUAAAGCAUUGCGGACCAAAGCGCUGUUAAAGAUCACUUUAUAUAGUCGGAUCCGUUUUAUUUUCUUUAAAAUCUUAAGCUAACAAGGGGUAGGUCUGUGCUUUUUUCAAUUUUCUUCAAUAAAAAGGUAGGCCUAUGGCACACCCGCUCAUACCCCCUCAAUUCAAGUCUUGGUUUUAACUGAACAGCCCUUCACUGACACAGAGGUAGCCUAUUUAAAGAGUACAUGGUGGGUGGAGGAAUUGACCGACAAAUCUAUGGAUAUAGCAUAUAGCAUAUAGCUACCUCUUAUUUCUUAAAUAGGAAGAAAUAGGCUCCAACACAAAGCCCUCUUGUUGUUAGUAAAGUCUAAUUUAAAAUUAAGACUGAUUAAAUUAAUUAUGCCUACUCAAAUUUGCCUACUUUCAGCACCAUGAGCUGUCCAUUUCCGAUUGAUUGUGCCACGGCUGCUGCUUCAAGUUUCAGCACCACAAUGUAAGUUACUUGAAUCUGUCUUAUUGUGAGGUCAAUAACUCUCAUAAAUACAUAAUGGGCUAGAAACAUUGUUUUUUAUUAAAAUCAAUUCUAGUUGUAGCAAGCUAUCAAAGUUGACCUCCAGCCUUCCCGCUCUCCUUCUCAAACUGAACAGAACAUAGGCUAUAGGCUAGUCUGUGCAGCAAUCUUAGAAAUACAUAUUCGCUCUGUGGCUCUCCGAGCAUGCACUUUGUAGCCUAUAGGCUAUGGAUAAUUUGAUUGAGACCACACUAAAUAGCCUAUAGGCACAAUUGAUAUUGCGCGCCCAGCGGAGAAUCAGAGAUGAGGGGUGGCAUCAGGCACACAUCCAUAUAUAGCCUAAUAAGCAACUAAUUCUACAACACUGAGAAAUAUUGAAAUUUCAUCAAUUACAAAUGACGUGAACCUCCCCAUGACUAGAUUUUUUUUUAAAUACAAAAACUGAAAAAACAUAACCCUCCCCCAUUUUCCUCCAGGUAACCAUUCUGUACAUUUCGAUUAGUGCCUUAGGCAUUAAUCAUGCGAGCACGUUUGUUUUUUAUUGUGGCACGGUGUCAGUGAGAUUCAAACGUAUGAUCUUCAGUUCUCUAUCCAUGGAAUUAGUCCACUACAUCACCAGGAUGGAGCUAGCAUGCCAUGUUUUUUUAACUCAUACAAAGCUGUUCAUUUUAGUGUAUUCAAACAGACCCCACUUCAAAGGAAACAAGCACUUAAUUAAAGUAACUUAUUUUGUACAUAAUAUUUCUGCCACUAUCUCUUAUGACCGAAAAGAGCUUCUGGAUAUCAGAACAGUGAUUACUCACCUCAAACUGGAGGAAUACUUUUUCUUUAAUGAGUCGGACGCAAAGGAUUUACUGCUGCUACCGGACCAGGCCCAAAUCCUCGCCAUUCGGAUGAAGAGACGCCGCCAAUACAGUGGACACAGAUCCGGGUGCCUUGUGAGAAUUUGUUGGCGAGUGGGUAACCUGCCUCUACCAUCUGUCCUAUUGGCCAAUGUGCAAUCAUUGGAGAAUAAACUGGAUGAGCUCCGUUCGAGACUAUCCUACCAACGGGACAUUAAAAACUGUAAUAUCUUAUGUUUCACCUAAUGGUGGCUGAAUGAUGACAUGGAUAAUAUACAGUUGGCUGGGUUUUCUGUGCAUCGGCAAGACAGAACAGCUACCUCCGGUAAGACAAGGGGUGGUGGUCUGUGUCUAUUUGUCAAUAACAGCUGGUGCACGAAAUCUCAUAUUAAAGAAGUCUCGAGAUUUUGCUCGCCUGAGGUAGAGUACCUCAUGAUAAGCUGUAGACCACACUAUUUACCAAGAUAGUUUUCAUCUAUAUUUUUCGUAGCUGUCUAUUUACCACCAAAAACCGAUGCUGGCACUAAGACCGCACUCACUGAACUGUAUAAGGCUAUAAGCAAACAAGAAAAUGCUCAUCCAGAGGCGGCGCUCCUAUUGGCCGGGGACUUUAAUGCAGGAAAACUUAAAUCCAUUUGACCUCAUUUCUAUCAGCAUGUAACAUGUGCAACCAAAGGAAAAAAAAACUCUAGACCACCUUUACUCCACAAACAGAGAUGCAUACAAAGCUCUCCCUCGCCCUCCAUUUGGCAAAUCGGACCAUAAUUCUAUCCUCCUGAUUCCUGCUUACAAGCAAAAACUAAAACAGGAAGUACCAGUGACUCGCUCAAUACAGAAGUGGUCAGAUGAUGCAGAUGCUAAGCUACAGGACUGUUUUGCUAGCACAGACUGGACUAUGUUCCGGGAUUCAUCCGAUGGCAUUGAGGAGUAUACCACAUCAGUCACCAGCUUCAUUAAUAAGUGUAUCGAUGACGUCGUCCCCACAGUGACCGUACGUACAUACCCCAACCAGAAGCCAUGGAUUACAGGCAACAUCCACAUUGAGCUAAAGUGUAGAGCUGCCGCUUUCAAGGAGCGGGACUCUAACACGGACGCUUAUAAGAAAUCCCACUAUGCCCUCUGACAAACCAUCAAAUAGGCAAAGCGUCAAUACCGGACUAAGAUUGAAUCCUACUACAACGGCUCUGACGCUCGUCGGAAGUGGCAUGGCUUGCAAACUAUUAUGGGCUAAAAAGGGAAGCCCAGCCGCAAGCUGCCCAUUGACACGAGCCUACCAGAUGAGCUAAAUGACUUCUAUGUGCCCUUCGAGGCAAGCAACACUGAAGCAUGCAUGAGAGCACCAGCUGUUGCGGACGACUGUGUGAUCACACUCUCCGUAGCCGAUGUGAGGAAGACCUUUAAACAGGUCAACAUUCACAAGGCCACAGUACCAGAUGGAUUACCAGGACGUGUACUCAGAGCAUGCACUGACCAACUGACAAGUGACUUCACUGACCUUUUCAACCUGUCCCUGACCGAGUCUGUAAUACCUACAUGUUUUAAGCAGACCACCAUAGUCCCUGUGCCCAAGUAUGCCAAGGUAACCUGCCUAAAUGACUACCGACCUGUAGCACUCAUGGUAAUGGCUCACAUCAACCCCAUCAUCCCAGAAACCCUAGACCCACUCCAGUUCGCAUACCAACCCAACAUAUCCACAGAUUAUGCAAUCUCUAUUGCACUCCUCACUGCCCUUUCCCACCUGGACAAACGCAACACCUACGUGAGAAUGCUGUUCAUUGACUACAGCUCAGCGUUCAACAACAUAGUGCCCUCAAAGCUCAUCACUAAGCUAAGGACCCUGGGACUAAACACCUCCCUCUACAACUGGAUCCUGGACUUCCUGACGGGCCGCCCCCAGGUGGUUAGGGUAGGCAACAACACAUCUGACACGCUGAUCUUCAACAUGGGGGCCCAUCAGGGGUACGUGCUUAGUCCCCUCCUGUACUCCCUGUUUACCCACGACUGCGUGGCCAAGCACGACUCCAACACCAUCAUUAAGUUUGUUGACGACACAACAGUGGUAGGCCUGAUCACCGACAAUGAUGAGACAGCCUACAGGUAGGAGGUCAGAGACAUGGCAGUGUGGUGCCAGGACAACAACCUCUCCCUCAACGUGAUCAAGACAAAGGAGAUGAUCGUGGACUACAGGAAAAGGGGCUGUAAUGGAACAGGUCGAGAGCUUCAAGUUCCAAGGUGUCCACAUCUCCAACAAACUAUCAUGGUCCAAACACACCAAGACAGUCGUGAAGAGGGCACGACAACGCCUAUUCCCCCUCAGGAGACUGAAAAGAUUUGGCAUGGGUCCUCAGAUCCUCAAAAAGUUAUACAGCUCCACCUCGAGAGCAUACCACCUGGUAUGGCAACUGCUCGGCAUCCGACCGCAAGCCGCUACAGAGGGUAGUGCGUACGGCCAGUACAUCACUCAUGCCAAGCUUCCUGCCAUCCAAGACCUCUAUACCAGGCGGUGUCAGAGGAAGGCCCUAUAAAUUGUCAAAGAGAGUCAUAGGCUCUCUCUGCUACCACACGACAAGCGGUACUGGAGCGCCAAGUCUAGGUCCAAAAGGCUCCUUAACAGCUUCUAAGCCAUAAGACUGCUGAACAGUUAAUCAAAUGGCUACCCGGACUACUUGCAUUGACCCCCCGUUUUUUGAAAUUGUAUUUACGCUGCUGCUACUCGCUGUUUAUUAUCUAUGCAUAGUCACUAUACCCCUACCUACAUGUACACUACCGUUAAAAAGUUUGGGGUCACUUAGAUAUGUCCUUGUUUUCGAAAGAAAAAAAAAAAAAAAUGUCCAUUAAAAUAACAUCAAAUUGAUCAGAAAUACAGUGUAGACAUUGUUAAUGUUGUAAAUGGCUAUUGGAGCUGGAAACGGCUGAUUUUUAAUGGAAUAUCUACAUAGGCUUACAGAGGCCCAUUAUCAGCAACCAUCAGUCCUGUGUUCCAAUGGCACGUUGUGUUUGCUAAUUCAAGUUUAUCAUUUUAAAAGGCUAAUUGAUCAUUAGAAAAGCCUUUUGCAAUUAUGUUAGCACAGCUGAAAACUGUUGUGCUGAUUAAAGAAGCAAUAAAACUGGCCUUCUUGAGACUAGUUGAGUAUCUGGAGCAUCAGCAAUUGUGGGUUCGAUUACAGGAUCAAAAUGGCCAGAAACAAAGAACUUUCUUCUGAAACUUGUCCGUCUAUUCUUGUUCUGAGAAAUGAAGGCUAUUCCAUGCGAGAAAUUGCCAAGAAACUGACGAUCUCGUACUACGCUGUGUACUACACCCUUCACAGAACAGCGCAAACUGGCUCUAACCAGAAUAGAAAUUAGAGUGGGAGGCCCCGGUGCACAACUGAGCAAGAGGACAAAUACAUUAGAGUGUCUAGUUUGAGAAACAGACACCUCACAGGUGCUCAACUGGCAGCUUCAUUAAACAGUACCCGCAAAACACCAGUCUCAAUGUCAACAGUGAAGAGGCGACUCCGGGAUGCUGACCUUCUAGGCAGAGUUGCAAAGAAAAAGCCAUAUCUCAGACUGGCCAAUAAAAAUAAAAGAUUAAGAUGGGCAAAAGAACACAGACACUGGACAGAGGAAGAUUGGAAAAAAGUGUUAUGGACAGACGAAUUGAAGUUUGAGGUGUUCGGAUCACAAAGAAGAACAUUUGUGAGACGCAGACCAAAUGAAAAGAUGCUGGAGGAGUGCUUGAUGCCAUCUGUCAAGCAUGGUGGAGGCAAUGUGAUGGUCUGGGGGUGUUUUGGUGGUGGUAAAGUGGGAGAUUUGUACAGGGUAAAGGGGAUCUUGAAGAAGGAAGGCUAUCACUCCAUUUUGCAACGCCAUGCCAUACCCUGUGGACAGUGCUUGAUUGGAGCCAAUUUCCUCCUACAACAGGACAAUGACCCAAAGCACAGCUCCAAACUAUGCAAUAACUAUUUAGGGAAGAAGCAGUCAGCUGGUAUUCUGUCUAUAAUGGAGUGGCCAGCACAGUCACUGGAUCUCAACCCAUUGAGCUGUUGUGGGAGCAGCUUGACCGUAUGGUACGUAAGAAGUGCCCAUCAAGCCAAUCCAACUUGUGGGAGGUGCUUCAGGAAGCAUGGGGUGAAAUCUCUUCAGAUUACCUCAACAAAUUGACAACUAGAAUGUCAAAGGUCCGCAAGGCUGUAAUUGCUGCAAAUGGAGGAUUAUUUGAUGAAAGCAAAGUUUGAAGGACACAAUUAUUAUUUAUAUUAAAAAUCAUUAUUUCUAACCUUGUCAAUGACUACAUUUCCUAUGCAUUUUGCUAUAUUUCCUAUUCAAACUCAUCUCAUGUAUGUUUUCAUGGAAAACAAGGACAUUUCUAAGUGACCCCAAACUUUUCAACGGUAGUGAACAUAUUACCUCAAUUGCCUCGACUAACCUGUACCCCUGCACAUUGACUCGGUACCGGUACCCCCUGCAUAUAGCCUCGUUAUUGUUAUUUUAUUGUGUUACUUUCUUUUUACUUUAGUUUAUGUAGUAAAUAUUUUCUUAACUCUUAUUUUUCUUAAAACUGCAUUGUUGGUUAAGGUCUUGUAAGUAAGCAUUUGACAGUAAGGUCUACACCUGUUGUAUUCGGCGCAUGUGACAAAUAAAAUUUCAUUUCAUUUGAUGUGCAAUAUGCAGGAAUCGCAGCGCCAUUUGCUGGUUACUAAAAUUCUAAUAGGGAAAGGGGGAUACCUAGUCAGUUGUACAACUGAAUGCAUUCAACUGAAAUUUGUCUUCUGCAUUUAACCCAACCCCUCUGAAUCAGAGAGUUGCCGCUGUGUCCAUGGCUGCCUUAAUCAACAUCAUCGGCGCCCGGGGAACAGUGGGUUAACUGCCUUGCUCAGGGGCAGAACAACAUAAUUUGGUCGGGUCACCCAAAAAGUGACAUAUUGUAGCUUUAAAAUUUAGCCAAUUAGUGGGCUUGGCCAACACACCUGAAAACACUUAUCAAGAUAGAGGAUAGAGUUUUGUUGACGCUGAGAACGGAAUUUAUAUGUUUUUAAAUAACAUUCUUAGAGUGUUCUUUGAACGUUACUAAUGUUUCUUGUGUUUUUUAUGGAACGUUUUCUUAAUGUUCUGAGAACAUGACUUUAAAUAGAACCAUGAGGAAACCUGCAGAAAACAGAAUGCUGAAGUACUGAAAUUCCAAUAGAAGAACAUUGUUUCUUAAAGCCGCAAUAUGUAACUUUUUGGGGUCGACCCGACCAAAUUCACAUAUAAAUGUGAGAUAGAUCUGUCAUUCUCAUUGAACGCAAGUCUAAGAAGAGGUAGAUCUGUUCUGUGUGCGCUAUUUCUAUGCCUACUGUGCUUAAGUUUCGUUUUUGUAUCUUUUACUUUCGGUUUUGUACAUCUGCUUCAAACAGCUGAAAAUACAAUAUUUUUCAUUAUUGAAAAUAUAUUUCACAGCGGUUUAGAUGGUACAAGGUUUCUCUACAUGAUAUAUUGCUUGUUUUGUCACAGAAACUGAAACUAGGCAAACUAUUCAAAUUUUAGAAACCAGGAAAUGGCGGCGCGAUUCCUGCAUAUUGCACCUUUAACAUUCUCUGAACGUUCUGAGAACAUUACUUUAAAUAGAACCAUGAGGAAACCUGAAAAAAACGUUACGCUGAAGUACUGAAAUUCCCACAGAAGAACAUUGUUUCUUAACAUUCUCUGAACAAUUUGAGAACUACUUUAAAUAGAACCAUGAGGAAAUGUUAUGCUGAAGUACUGCAAUUCCCACCUGUUUUUUUCAGAACGUUAUGUGCUAGCUGGGUAUCCUGCACCAUUCCCAGAACAUUGUGGGAAGGUUGUAUGCAAAAUAACCAUAGGACAACCAAUCUCUCACCAAGCUCUAAGAAACAUGGUUCUCAGAAUGUUAUGUGCUAACUGGAUUGGCAGUGUGUCCAAUUCAUACAAUACAACAAGAGUUUUACUAGCUGUUUACAAAAAUAAAUGAUAUGAUGAAUGUGUGUGUCUGCGUGUGUGUCCUGUCCUCUCCCCUCUCAGCGGUGACCUAUGAGCCUUGCAGGAACCCUGGCACCCCGUCCUACAGCACCCAGAUCUCAGAGAAGCCUUUCUACCAGGCCGGGGAGACGCUGCACUUCUCCUGCCUCAGAGGCCAUGAGUUGCUGGGGGAGCCUGUCCUCCGCUGUGUCCCUGGACACCCUUCACAGUGGAGCAGCCUGCCCCCUGUCUGCAGAGGUAGGAACUGCGGACACACAAUCUCCUUUGUAGUUCACACUGGCAUUGUUCACAGUAGGUCAUGAUGAACAAUAUAUCUGUCUGUAUGUUUUAACAUCUGUGUUCUGAUGUUCUCCAUUCCUUUACAGCCUCCUCAAUGGAGUUUAUAAAUGAACGCAGGUUAGACGGUAAGUGCCAUCAUGUCUGCCCAGUAAUAGUUAGAUCUUUAAAUUAAAACAUCAAGACAAUAAAACUAAAUAGAGUACUUCACAGCAUCUUCAAGUGUUCUACAUUGAAGUGUGCACCUUUAGAUUAUCAUACAAGUUGAGUGUGUCCCUGUUGAUUCCUCUACCUCUCUACUCACCAGUUGUCAGUGCAGACUACAGCAUGGAGGGAGCCAACAUAGCUCUAACAGUCUUUAUACCAGUGGCCCUCAUCAUGGUCUUCAUCAUCGGGAUCUACCUCUACUUCUCUAAGUAGGUCUAGUAUGCAUACUUUAUACAGAUUUAAAAAAGACUUUAAAAGUAUGAAAGCUGUCAUCAUUCAUAGUACCUAGUAGUCUAACCAGUGCUUGACUUGGACUGAAAUAGGUUCCAGUACUCAUUUGGGUGCCGGUACUGUUUAUAUUUAGGUGCAGGUGCUCCACAAUGCUUUUGAGCUAAUAUUCUAUAAGAGGAACAGGAGCUCAAGCAGUAGAACACUUGAGGGGCCGGUACUCAGCUCCAGUGAGCUCCUGCCCAAGUCAAGCACUGAGUCUAACCAAUAGCUAUAGACCCAACAGGUUCUGUAAUAAUGUUGUAAGUAUACUAUGCUGCCCUUGUGACACUAUGUGUGUGUUCUCUAGGGUUCAGGGGAAGCCUCUGUGUCUUCCCAUGUCAACCUCCUCACCAUAUGACCACAUCCCAGGAGAGUCCACCUUCGACAACUCCCUCUACGAAACAGAGACUACAGUAUGUUCUGUUAUAGAGAUAUUCACUGGUUCUUUAAGAUGCCUGUUGGAAUUAGUAACCCCCCAAAAAGGUUGAAUUCAGGCACUGUCAUUUGCCAUAUUGCAGGUUCAUUCACCAAAUCUAAUUUCCCGUAAAGUGAUGUUAUAGAAAUAGGAUUGAGGGGUGUAAAGCUAUACUCCAUUCACCUUCAGUCAUUGACAAGGACCAUUUCAUUACACCUGAUGCAGACAAAAGGUUGCCUAGUUAAUUUGACAAAGCAUAGCUUUAUUAUUUGACAGAGUGCUAUGGCAUGGUUAUCAAAUAGUAUUUGAAAGAUGUCAAAUAUUUUACCCAGGUCUGAUGCUUGCAUGCUCAUGCUUUCAGAUAACUAACGAUUGUCUGUCUGUCUGUCUGUCUGUCUGUCUGUCUGUCUGUCUGUCUGUCUGUCUGUCUGUCUGUCUGUCUGUCUGUCUGUCUGUCUGUCUGUCUGUCUGUCUGUCUGUCUGUCUGUCUGUCUGUCUGUCUGUGUCUGUCUGUCUGUCUGUCUGUCUGUCUGUUUCUCUAUCCUUCCAUGACUGCACUCCUGAAGAACAACGAGGUGAGACCAAGCGCUAGGCUACAACCUGCCUAUUAAGCCUCCAGUCUGUCUGUCAGUCAGUCUUCAUUAAUUCCACACUCUGAUUCUGCAGCCUGAACCUAUUACACAGUGUGAGCUUAUUGAACUAAAGCCCAAAGUAGGUUGAACACAUUUAAAAAUGGGUCAGAAGAGAGGGGUAAACCUCUCAAAUCAAAUAAAAAAUCAAAUAAAAGUGUAUUGGUCGCAUACACAGUUUUGCAGAUGUUAUCACAGGUGCAGCAAAAUGCUUAUGUUUCUAGCUCCAACAAUAUCUAGCAAUACACACAUAAUCUAAAAGUUAAAAAAAGAACAAGGAUGAACAAGAAAUUAAGACAUAUCAGAACGAGCAAUGUCAGAGUCUGGAAUAUAAAUAAAUAUAUACUGGAUGUAUGUGAAUGGUGUGUAUAGACAAUGAUGUGCAUAGACAAUUCCAAGUCAUUGUCCCCUCUCUCAGGUGAAAAUGGAAACGCCUCACAGUUUGGGCUGACCACCUCCACACACUAAAUGUAUCUCUGUGAUAUCCCUAUCAUAGUCUACAAACAGAUGUCUGUUAUCACAUGGCUUGUUCACAAAAAGAGGAAUGGCCUUUGUGAUCAUAGUAGGAAUAUGAUCUACUGUACUUCUCAGUCUCACUAUACCUUCUUGUGUACACGCUUGUCCGUAAUUCAGAACUCUGUCCUCAUUUCACAGGACACAAGAGAGUAUGAGGUUUCCAUCUAGAGGCACGAC